AUGGGCGAGGGCAAAAGCGACCGUCCCGGCAAAAGGCAAAGAUCCUCCACUCGCGGCGUCGGCAAGUCGUCCUCGGAUUCCGAGGUAGCGCACGGUAAGGGCAAGGGGAAAGGCCGUAAGAGCAAGACCAAGGAGAGAUGGCCGUUCCUCGGGGAACUGACGGUCGACGAGCUGGCCCGCUAUCGGAGGAAACGCGUGCAGGACCAACCGAAGGACAAUUUACAGUCCCAGCCGGAAUCGGCAGUUCAGUACUCUGGUUCUGAAUAUCGGCGCGCAUUCGGUGCAAAUGUUAAAGAGCUCUUUAAGGAGAAUUUCUGGCCUGAAGAUUAUUUACGUGUAGAUGGAACUCCCGAAAAUGCGCAAUCUUCGUAUUGCAUGGACCUUAAAGAGCAGGAAGACGAAGAAGAGCCAGUCGAGGAUUUAUCUGAAAAAAAGGAGAGCGUUCCUUCCCAAGCGGUUCACGGAGACACAGUGAUGGAGACGGGAGUUCCGCAAUUCGACAAUUCAUUCAGACGUCCUUCGUUCAGAAGAGGUACCAGCUUGAAGUGCGGCGGUGACUUUUACCCCGAAACGGAAACGUAUUCUGCGUACGUGCCUUACGAGGGCCAGCACCGUGCCGAGCUCAUACGUCGACCUACAUCCCUAAAAAUGGAAGGCGAUUUGGACACCAUGACGGAGAAGUGCGAGAAAUUUAUCGAGUGGCUCAACGUUAGCCGGCCGGAGCUCAUGCGUGUACCCACUCACCUGAAGAUGGAGGGUGAGCUGGAGACGGCGACGGAAAAUCAGGACAAGUACGUCCCGUUCGUGGGGGCGCGAAGACCGGAGUUGUUGAGGCGGAGCACGAAUCUGAAGCUCGAGGGGGAUACCUACUUCGUGCCGGAAUAUACCGACGUGUUCAGGGAUUAUACCGUUAAAGAUAAAGCGCAGCCACAGAAACCUCAAAUGCAUUUAAAAGCUGGCGGAGACUUUUACCAAAACACCGAGAGCACCGAAAAUUUCGCUCAUCCUUGCGUUAAACAGGCACAAGAAAUGGCUGAACGGGCUAAAGACAAUAACGAAGAAGAGAGAUGGAUGAGACAGCAAGAGGAGGAGCGGCGCAAAGAUGAGGAGAUGAAAAUGUUGGUGUCGAAAUUGGAAGAUCUAAAUGGCCGGCCGCUCGAAAUUCCCGAAUAUCGUGACGCAUAUAAGGAUUUUCCACGUGAACGACCGAAGAUCGCGAAGCCGGACGUCGAGAUAGGUCGCGCCGACGGAUCAAAGAUGACCUCGCCAUCGCGCUCCAAGUUUCCCAUAAAGAUCGAUCAAGAUCCAGAGUAUCAGUCCAAGUAUCUCGACUAUCCCCGGGACCGUCCCGUUUACCGUAAACCGCCGACGAUGUUGCGACCGACGGGAGUGUCCUCCUCCGGUCGCAACAGCGCGUGCUUCGGCAGACCGAUGCACCAGGAGUGCCGUGCGUUCGAGUACGACCCCACCAGCGAGGUGAGAUCCCAGUAUGUUCCCUACGGAUACGUGCCGAGGGUCGAGACGCUGAAGAUGCCAGCCAAUCUGCGACUGGAGGGUAAUCUCGACCUCCAACCGGAGUAUAGGAACGUUUAUUGCGCGAGAUACGAUCGUCAGAGUUGCGACGAUCUUAGAACCACUCACGGCCGGAGCGAUCGUUAUAGCCCGAGUACAAGGAAGGAACAUUACUGGUCGAAUACUGGCGAGAAAACUGCCGUCGCGCAGGGACAGGACGCCUUUUGCGUGCUGGACACGCGGCUCCACGAGGAGAACGUCAUCGGGAAACCGCCGCCCGCCAGCAGAAGGAGCUCCAGGUUGUCCCAAGCCCAUCAGGCUGCGGCGGCGCCGAGGCCGACGCAGUUGGAGCUGGCGGAUCGCGCGAUCGCAAGAACUCGAUCUCCCAGUCCGACGUAUCGUUUGCACGUCUGCGACGUCGACAACGAGCGGCGCGGAUUCGGUCGACUCGGGCAGUCUUCCGGAAGAGUACGCAGCCCGUCGGCCGACCGUGCAGCGAUUCAGGACCACGCGGUCGCCAGGCCGUACUCGCCCAGCUUCGGCCGAACCAGGCAGGACCGUCGCGCGAACGACCAACCGUUCGUGAUCCUGGAUAACGCCUCGAAGAGCGUAUCGGGCAGAAGCAGCGAUCGCCGAAGGCGUACCGACAGAAGCGUCGACGUCCCGGUACCGGUCUCGCGAGGAAGGCCCAAAACGCCGUCCAGAUGGAUGCCGCCGUGGUACGACAAUACGAAUACGAUCUAGAGUCUCGGUCGGGAAGUAUACACGAGAAAGUAUAUUCCAUAUAAAUCGUAAACUGCCGUCUAAAACUUUUACGUUACGCGUUAUAGAUGGAAAUAGGACUGACGGCAAAUCUAACACUGCCUAAUAACUUUACAUGUAUAAAGUAACUGGAAUUAACCAGCCAAAUUUAUUUUUAAGUACUCAUGUAUACUCCAUAGCGCUGAAGCGACUGCUGAUCUUUGCGGGGAUACUUAAAACGAACGCGACGAAAGCAGUCCCGGAAGAUACGAGUGUUUUUCUAAUAUUUAAUACAACUAUUUCGUUUUCAAUAUAUAAGUAUUGUUUUUCUUACUAGAAGGACAGAGCUCAGAAUCGAUUCAUAUUUUGAGCUGAUCUGAAGUACGACAAAUAGAUUUGUAAUCCAUACUUAUAUAUUAAAUCUUGAAACAUUGUUUAGACUCUUAUCUGGUUCGAUAUACCGAACUAAUUAAUUGUUGU